AUGUCUCAGCGGAUCCUCAUUAUCGGUGCCGGCUUCGCUGGCCUCCACAGCGCCCUCGCCGCCCGGCGUCUGAUUACAAUGGCCACCGAGCAAGGCGCUGCCAAAGGCACCGGCGACAUCGAGAUCGCCAUGAUAGCGCCGCAGCCGAGGCUGGCAAUACUUCCAAGGCUAUACGAGGAGGACCCCAACAGCAAAGUAGCGCCUCUCGGGGACAUCUUGGCUACCGUGGGUGUCCGGUUCAUCCAGGGCAUGGUUGAUGAGAUUGACACGGCCAAACAAGAGGUCAGGUACUCGGGCGGCGAGACUACCAACUCUGGAAGCCAUUCAAUAACCUACAAUCGUCUCGUCCUCGCAGCGGGCGGAAGCGUCUCGCGCCCGGCUGGAGUGCUGGGCCUCGAGCACGCGUUUACCGUCGAUGGCGUCGAGAAGGCCGCGCAGCUCGAAUCGCACUUCAAGCAGCUCGCGCUCAGGGAGCCCAGCAAGACCCGGGGCACUGUUGUGGUCUGCGGCGGCGGCUUCACCGGCAUCGAGGUGGCUGCCGAGCUGCCCAAACGCCUCGGCAACAUCCUCGGCAGCGACGCCUCCUCCUCCUCCUCCUCCCCCAACAUCCGCGUCGUCGUCGUGGAGCGCGCCGACGUCAUCGCGCCCGACAUGGCUCCCGGGAUGCGGCCCUUCAUCUCCGAGUCGCUGCAGGGCCUCGGCGUCGAGGUCCGGCUCGGCGCAGCCGUCGUGGGCAUCGAAAAGGACAGCGGCAGUGGCGACGCGACGGUCCGGCUGUCCAGCGGCGACCGCAUCGAGGCGGCCACCGUGGUCUGGACGGCGGGGACGGUGGCCAGCCCGCUCGCGGCGCAGAUCCCGGGCGACAAGGAGGCCCGGAGCGGGCGGGUGCGCGUCGACGAGCACCUCCGGGCGCCGUCGGCGCCGACGUGCUUCGUGGCGGGCGACGUCGCGCUCGCCGUGGCCGACGCGGCGGACGGCGGCGGCGGCGGCGGGCACCACGCGCGCAUCCAGCCCGUCUACGUGACAUGUCUGGACCUGGGCGCGGCCGGGUCACUGGCCGGCGUCGGCUGGGACACGGUCGUGACGAGCGCCGGGCACGCGGCCAAGCCGCUCAAGCGCUACAUCAACGAGACCCUGAUCUACCCGGCCCACGACCUCGCGAGCCUGCUCGCGGCGGGGGAUCCUGCCAACACCAACGCGUCUGCCAUUGGGGCGCUCGGGUCGUACUUUCGGCUUCCCGGGGAGGGUGGCAUCGCGUCUUGUGCGUGA